AUGCUACUACUACUACGGCUUCUAAUUCUCGUGGCGACGUUGCUGGUGCUGGCGGCCAGAGGCCAGAGCGAUUUGAUGCAACUGGAAGAAGGUACCGCGCCUCUUACAGUACCCCAUUCAUUUUCUUUUUAGGUACUUGGGAGCUGGUCCGUCACGAAGUGCUCCUCCAAUUCGACGAGCACAUUGCGCCCACGUACUCGCACGCAUGUUUUGAGGCCAAGAAAGCGUGCCGCGAAUUCGUUCGAUGUCAAUUCGAUUGUGAUCGGUUUGUGCCCAAAUGGAAAGAGUAUCUGGAGGAGGGCGAGGAGCAGGAUGUGCGUUUCGGGGGGACGAGCAAAAGCUAGGCCAGCGACGAUGUUCUACGAGUGGCCUAACUUUUCCUAGAGAAAAAAACUAGGCCUCUUAGAUUUCUUGGUACAUCUAGAAUUUCCAAAAAAAAAACUGUGCAGUCAAGCUCGCAACGAUCUGGCCUAACUUUCUCUGUAUGAAAACUAGGCCACCGCUUUCUCUUGGUGCAUGAGCUUCAGGAAACUCGUUUCGCUCCCCAAAACCACUAGAAACUGUCUUUCAGAGGGCGCUGCUGAACCCGUGCGUCACAAUGACCGUCAAAUGUUUGGGAGUGACGAACGAGAUGCUCGGCAAGCACAUCGCCUACAAUCUCAACGAAUUUUGA